AUGGCGCAGGCCUGGCGUGCAGUUUUCUCUGCCGCCACGACAACGGCCAGUAGUCACCAGGUUACAACCCCCUACGCCGCCGCCGAGCCGCUCCGACACCCGGGCCACACUCGUUGGGUCCCCGUCGAGACCCUCCCCAUCUUCGCCGUCGUCGGCGGUGCCGUCAUCGGUGCUGGCUACUACCUCGCCCGCCUCUCGCAGGGCUCCGAGGUCGUCUGGGACCGCCACGGUGACUGGAAGCCUUGGGACAAGAUCAAGCAGGACCAGAACACCAAGUUCAUCACUGUUCACCCCGAGUUCUGGCAGAAGCGCAAGGAGGAGGUCAAGACCAACGCUUCGCAGUAAGCAGCUCCUCCCCGCCUCCCGGCCAUCAACGCGACACACAUCCGCCAUCAUGUAUACGAGACGAACCCCCCCCGCGCGAUUCUCUCUAUCCCGUGUUGUCCUCUAGUCAUCUACACUGCGUCUACUCGAGAUGCACACCUUCCUUGCUA